CAGAGCCAAGGCCCUGGGGCUGCAUUCUGGUGCUUCCCUGGGAAAUGCCAGCUGUCUGUGGUGAGCACAAGGACAAGCUUAAAAUGAACUAUUUUCUUGGAGAAGAACAAAGAACGAGUUAGACUUCUAGGAACCACAGUCGGCCUGGUUCUUGCCCCCAGAGAAUUGUGCCCUAUGUUACAUUUUGGAACUGAACGGGUCUUUCUUGGACACAUCGAUAAGCCUCGCUUUAUGAAACUCUCUUCUAUGCUGCUUUAUCAAGCCUUGGGCUCCAAAAGCCCUCCUUUAUACCUGACCUUGUUGUCUUCAUGUUUGCAACUGAAAGCCAACUCUUUCUGUGUCAUAUUGAAACCAGAAGGCAGCCGAGUCUGGGCUCCUGCUGCCUGUCACCAUUUAGCCAAAAAGCAGAGACAAGGAUUGGAUUAUAAUUGUUCUUCUAUUAAUAUCAGAGGCCAGCACUCCAAGAAGGUGGCAGAUAGAAGUGGCAUUUCUUCUGGUAAUGCUGAAUAUACCUUAACAGAAAAAGGUGGGAAAAUCAGACAGAAUUUCAUGGAUUCAAGUGCCUGUACCAGAGAAAAAUUGGCCCAUGUGAGAGAUUGCAAAGCAGGUUCCAGUGGAAUACCUGUGAAACUGGUCACAAAUCUCUUUAGUUUGGGUCUGCCACAGGACUGGCAGCUGUACCAGUAUCAAGUGACGUAUAUGCCAGAUUUGGAAUCUAGAAGCUUGAGAAUUGCUUUGCUUUACAGUCACAGGGAACUUUCCAACAGAGCAAAAGCGUUUGAUGGGACCAUCCUUUUUCUCUCACAAAAGCUAGAAAAAAAGGUCACGGAAUUGUCAAGUGAAACUCGAAGAGGUGAGACUGUAAAGAUGACUAUCACUCUGACGCAGCAGCUGCCAGCAACCUCCCCUGUGUGCAUCCAGGUCUUCAGCAUCAUCUUUAAAAAGAUCUUAAAGAAAUUGUCCAUGUACCAAAUUGGACAGAACUUCUAUAAGCCUUCUGAGCCAGUGGAAAUUCCUCAGCACAAGUUGUCCCUUUGGCCUGGGUUCGCCAUUUCUGUGUCCCAGUUUGAAAGCCAGCUCUUGUUUAGUGCUGAUGUAAGUUAUAAAAUCCUCCGGAAUGAGACUGUUCUGGAAUUCAUGGCUGGUCUGUGCGACCAAACUGGCGUGUCUGGCUUCACCCACAUGUGUGAAAAACAUCUGCUUGGGCUCAUUGUCCUUACAAGAUACAAUAACAAAACCUAUCGCAUUGAUGACAUUGACUGGUCAGUGAAGCCCACAGACGUCUUUCAGAAGCGGGAUGGCACAGAGAUCACCUAUGUGGAUUACUACAAGCAGCAGUAUGAUAUUACUCUAUCUGACCUACAUCAGCCAAUGCUUGUUAGUCUGUUGAAAAGCCAGAGAAAUAACGCUGAGGCUCGGAUGGUCCACCUGAUACCCGAGCUCUGCUUUCUAACAGGACUGCCUAGCCAGGCAGCCUCUGAUUUCCAGGUGAUGAAAGCUGUGGCUGAAGAAACGCGUCUCAGUCCUGUAGGAAGGCAGCAGCACUUGGCCAGGCUUGCCGACGACAUCCAGAGAAACAAGGAUGCUCGUUUUGAGCUGGAGACCUGGGGGCUGCAUUUCGGAUGCCAGAUGUCACUGACUGGCCGGGUUGUGCCUUCAGAAAAAAUAUUAGUGCAAGGCCACAUAUGUCAACCCAUGUCUGCUGCUGAUUGGUCCAAGGAUAUUCGAACUUGCAAGAUUUUAAGUGCAAAAUCUCUGAAUAAAUGGUUGAUUAUAUGUAGCAACAGAGCUGAAAAUGUGACUGAGAACUUUCUGAGCUGCUUAAGAAGAGUUGGAAUUUCUAUGGGAUUUAAUGUGAACUACCCCAAAAUCAUGAAAGUACAAGAAAAUCCAGCUGCAUUUCUUGGUGCCAUACAGAAACAUGUUGGUCCUGAUGUUCAGUUGGUAAUGUGUAUUCUGCCUUCCAAUCAGCAGAGCUAUUACGAGUCCAUUAAAAAAUACUUGAGCUGCGACUGCCCUGUCCCAAGCCAGUGUGUGCGGGUUCACACCUUGAGUAAACAGGGAAUGAUGAUGAGCAUCGCCUCCAAGAUCGCCAUGCAGAUGACCUGUAAGCUCGGAGGCGAGCUGUGGGCUGUCGAGAUUCCUUUAAAGUCCCUGAUGGUAGUUGGCAUUGAUGUCUGUAAAGAUGCAUUCAACAAGGGGAUCAUGGUGGUUGGAUUCGUGGCCAGUGUUAACCUCAGAAUCACCAGGUGGUUUUCCCGCUGUAUCCUUCAGAGAACAACCACUGACAUUGCAGAUUGCUUAAAAGUUUUCAUGACCGGAGCACUCAACAAAUGGUACAAGUACAAUCAGGAUUUGCCAGCCCGGAUUGUUGUGUACCGUGAUGGUGUGGGGAAUGGUCAACUAAAAACACUUAUCGAAUACGAAGUACCACAGCUGCUGAGCAGUGUGACAGAAGCAAGGUCAAGUACAAGCUCCAAACUGUCGGUAAUCGUGGUCAGGAAGAAGUGCAUGCCACGAUUCUUUGUGGAAAGGAACCACACCUUACAGAACCCGCCACUUGGCACUGUGGUGGAUUCCGAAGCCACGCGUCCUGAAUGGUAUGACUUUUACUUGGUCAGCCAGGCUGCCUGUCGGGGAACUGUGAAUCCUACUUACUAUAAUGUCAUCUACGAUGACAAUGGCUUGAAGCCUGACCACAUGCAGAGGCUUACAUUCAAGCUAUGCCACUUGUACUUCAACUGGCCGGGUUUAAUCAGUGUCCCAGCACCGUGUCAGUAUGCACACAAGCUGACCUUCCUCGUGGCACAAAGCAUUCACAAAGAACCAAGUUUGGAAUUAGCCAAUUCUCUCUUCUACCUUUGAUGACACAAACUCUCACUCUCAGCCUUGCUGGACGAGGAAUCCCAGGAGCAGCGGGUAUACAGAACUUCUGUGAGCUUGCAGCUGUGACUGAGGAAAGGAAAUUGCACUUAGUUUUAACUUCUAGGAAAAACAAAACAAUUUAAUCUGAAACGGUUCAAAAGAAAUGUAUGUUGUUUUAUUUUAAAGUUAUAUGCUUGGAGUAAAUUCUCACUGUGCUAUAUGGAAUUAAAAUGUACCAUCACCUGUUAGUAAUUCCACAAAGCUAAAUACCUUCUAAGAAGUGUUUGCAUGGUGUAUGCAGAAGUGUUUUGAUGGAUAGGUACAUGGGGUCUAAUUUCCAUCCCAAAUGUUUAAGUUUUUUUUUAAUAGUGUUAUAGAGCAUUUUGCAGAGUUUAGUUAUUAGAAAAUAAAGAAAAUUUAG